UUGACAAUAGAAAAAGAAAACCAGAAUUGAAGAAACAAAAAGGAAAGGUUAGAUAAAGAAUUCAUAAUGUCCCAAAAGUCCACCCAAAGUGGUUGAGCUAAACCAUUAUAUAUUUAGUGUUCACAUUACCCCUUCUUCUUCUUCUUCUUCUUACAUAGUUACAUUGCAUCAUCACCUUCCUCUGACUCAAUCCAUUGUCCACCCCUUGAGACCCAUGUCCGGAGAGCCACGCCAAUUGGAGAUCCACCUGCGGCUAAAUUCCAAGAGAGGAAGCACCAUGGUGCACCCUGUGUCCGUGGAUACCACGGUCUCUGCGCCACCCUUCAGAGAGGAGGUGAAGCUCUACCGCAAGUGGUUCCCUUGGUUGGUACCUCUCUUUGUUGUUGCCAACGUCCUUUUGUUUGUCAUCACUAUGUACGUCAAUAACUGCCCCCACAACUCUGUCUCCUGCAUUGCCUCCUUCUUGGGUCGCUUCUCCUUUCAGCCCUUCAAGGAAAACCCCCUCUUGGGCCCUUCGUCCUUGACGCUGCAGAAGAUGGGGGCUCUUGAUGUGAGCAGAGUGGUUCAUAGACACCAGGGAUGGCGCCUCAUUACUUGUAUGUGGCUACAUGCUGGGGUUUUCCAUCUGUUGUCAAAUAUGUUGGGUAUUCUAGUCAUUGGAAUUCGGCUUGAGCAAGAAUUUGGGUUUGUGCUUAUUGGACUGCUGUUUGUCAUAUCUGGAUUUGGAGGGAGUUUGCUUUCUGCUCUUUUCAUUCAGUCAAACAUUUCUGUCGGUGCUUCGGGUGCCCUCUUUGGCUUGCUGGGAGGCAUGCUUUCAGAACUCAUUACUAACUGGUCUAUAUAUGAUAACAAGCUAGCAGCAUUCCUCACCCUUGUGAUCAUCAUUGUUGUCAAUCUAGCAGUUGGAAUUCUUCCACAUGUGGACAAUUUUGCUCAUAUUGGAGGCUUUCUUACUGGAUUUCUUCUUGGAUUUGUGUUUUUGAUACGUCCCCAGUUUGGAUGGGUUAACCAACGAUAUGCUCCUCUAAAUUAUUCUCCAGGACGAGCUAAGCCUAAAUUCAAGAAAUAUCAGUGUAUCUUGUGGGUCCUCUCCUUGAUCGUUCUAGUUGUUGGGCUUUCUGUUGGUCUGGUUGCACUUCUUCGUGGUGUUGAUGCAAAUGAUCACUGCUCCUGGUGCCAUUAUCUGUCUUGUGUUCCAACUUCAAAAUGGAGCUGCCAUACAGAGGCAGCUUAUUGUGAGUCUAACCAGCUUGGCAACCAGCUGAACAUAACAUGCUCCAGCAAUGGUAAAUCCAGUACAUACUACAUGCAAGAUCCAACCAGUUCCCAGAUCCAGCAAUUGUGCACUCAGCUUUGUAGUUGACUUGUGACAAAAGUGAUGCUCGUUGGAAUGAGAUGUUCAUUUGUUCAUAGUGUUUCACUGCUCUUUCAUUUAUACCUUUUGCCUUAUUCAGGAGACUCGAUUAAAAAAGAUUCAUUUAGCCUUUCUAGAUUUGUUCAUGUUCUUGUGUAUAUAAUAUUGAUUAUUUGCAUUUUUUUUUUUUGGUUACCUUUGUAUGAGAUCAAAGUUAUAAUUAUAGAUGAUUAAUGUCUUACCCUAA